AUAGACACGAGGACGUAAUUGUAGGCGCGGCGAAGAUGCUUCAACCGUGCCUUUUCCAUUUGUCGAGGCAGCCAGCGUCGAAGCAUCUUAUACCGUUCGUCCUCGUGGGCAUUCCAAGCGGGAAUUCUCGAAAGCCAGUUGUGCUGUAGAAACACGCGUCGCGGCCUGCCGCUCGCCGGUACUUUCGAGUGCUCGUAAAACCGCCGUUUUCUCGCUUUGUGCCGUUUUCCAGUGCACCGAAUUUUCAUUACAAGGGAUCACCAUCGAAUACCAAAGUGCCGUAACUACUUCACCCCGACAUCCUCGAGUCUUAUGAUCAAAUUGUGACUGAAUAUUACCUAGCAGGAUGGAUGCUGAAACCGGGGCCAUUUUGGCCCUACAAAUAUUGGCUCUCUGUUCGAUAGUCGCUGCCCUGUUGGCCUAUCUAAUGCGGCAAUCGAGGAAUGCCACCGACGAGUACGAGACUCGCAACAAACGCCAUGUGCUGGUGACCAGCUGUGAUACCUGCGUAGGCCUGCAGAUCGCCCUUGCACUUUACGAGGCUGGUUACAAGGUGUUUACCGGGAUGCUGGAUCCUUCGGGAAAUUCACCGUCGAUGAAAAUCUUGAGAGCGAUAGAGCAACAGAAAGGAUACGAGGAGGAUUCGACGAACGCGAUUCAUGGGAACCCGCAAGAUCCGGAAGUACGUGCUCGUGGCCAAAUCGUGCCACUGGAACUGGACACAACGAGGGAGGACAGUUUACGCGCUUGUUUGGACGCUGUUAGGGCGAAACUUCCGGCUGGAGAAGACGGUCUCUGGGCAAUCGUGCACACUGGAGGUUUGGCUUUGCCCGGUGCCAUAGAGAGACAACCGAGUUCGGCGUGGGAAUCCAUGUUGCGACAUAACUUGGUGGCGCCGCUUAGGACCGCAAGGAUGUUCAUUCCCCUUUUGCGCGUGAAAAGAGGGCGCAUCGUACUUUUGGGCGAUUCCGCGACGAGCUAUGGUACCAAAGCUGGGGCAGGUUUGGUAGCGUUCAGCGCUUCCAGGAAGGCCGUAGAAGGGGCUGCAGAGGCAUUAAAGAGUGAACUACAAUCCUCCGGGGUCGACGUCGUUCUUUUAAGACCGCCACCCGUGAAUCCCCUUAUUCUUUACAAUUCUCCCGUUCUCAAGACAUCCGACGUGGAGUCUGGGAUAGUAUCUACGGAAGGGACGUGGACCGCGCCUGUAUCUACACAUGCCAUUCAAAACUCGUUAAUUCCUGCACUGACCUCACCCUGCCCACGUAUUUCUUACGACAUGGUCGCCAAGUCGAGAUUCUUUUGUAGAUGAACCAACUUCCGAUCAACGAAUACUAACGUACACGCAAACCUUGAUUAACGUGCGAUUAAUUUGCGUAUCAGUUGGCAAUACCUUGUAAGAUUAAUGGUUGUUAACUUAGUAUCGAUAUAUUUUACACCGUAUGCGUUUAAACGUUUUUAAUUUUAAAUCACCUUGUUAGAUGCGUCUAAUGCGCG